UCAAAAAAAUGUCCAACGGCGGAUAGUGUUGUGUCUUUAUAUUGCUGAGAUAUUCCGUUUUACGCUUACUCAGUGCGUGAAUUUGUGCUGAAACACUUGAAAUAUGUUCCCCAAAGUCUUCUUAGUUAUUUCCCUCCUGUGUCUGUGCUUUUAUCUCUAUGGCAUCGUCACAAUGCUUACAAAUUCAGAGAAGAAUUUGUGCAAAAUGACGUACAUGUACGAGUAUCCACAGUUUGUUCGAAUCAACUUCAAGGAAAAUAAGCGGUUUUCGAAGUACAGCCUGUACGGAUAUGCAGAAGGACACUUGACAGAGUUCGCCAGGAAUGGGGACUGGAACGGAGCACCUGUUCUCUUCAUUCCUGGCAAUGCUGGAUCUUUCAAACAAGCUCGAUCGCUGGCUUCUGUGGCUCUGAGAAAGGGUUUGGACAACAACUGGGCACAUCAUCUGGACUACUUCACUGUGGAUCUCAAUGAGGAGUACUCGGCUCUGUUCGGAGGUGUUCUGGAGGAGCAAACAGAGUUUGUGGCGCAGUGCAUCAAGCACAUUCUUAAUCUCUACAAGCGUUUGCCGAAUCGUCCUCAGAGCAUCACGAUCGUCGGUCACUCGAUGGGCGGCACGAUAGCGUACGCCCUGCUGAGAAACUCAGACAUUGCUCCUCUUGUGGGCACAAUAAUUGCACUCUCAGCACCACUAGACAAACCGGCGAUCAACCUAGAUGUCUACAUUAACGCUUUCUACCGAAGUAUUCAGGAGAAGUUUUCGGAGAGUAGAAGUGCGCGCCUAAUUGGGAAUCGCACAAACACUUGCUGUCCGGAGAAAAACAGGGAGAAUUUUGAGAAGACUCCUCCAAAAGGACUUGACGAUAAGCUUCUGAUAUCAAUUGGAGGUGGUAGUAGAGAUGUAAUCGUCCAUCCAGGCUUGACGACCAGCGUCUUCAGCGAUAUCCACACGAUGUCCACGUCGGUUCCCCGAGUGUGGCUCACAACUGAUCAUUUGUGUGCUGUUUGGUGUCUUCAAUCAGUCCUCGUGCUCAACAGAUUCCUGUACAGCACCAUUAAACCUGUGAAGGGUCGCGAUGCGUACGGCAAAGGACAUCAGUUCAUUGAUGAGAAAGAUGAGAAACUCUCGAAGGCAAUUCACUAUCUGAAGAAACCAACACCUGAGCAACGGCAUAAGGAGGUUUACCUCGUGAGUGGAGACAAAUUGGGCGAUUGGGUGGAGGAUUCUCGCAGAGUUUUCACGCAUCAGUUCAAAGGUGGCCUCAAUGGUACGAGAUUCCAAAUGAUCCGCUUGAUCGAUUUGCCACAAUAUCACAUCCUGAAUGUUGAGAUGAUAAACCUGGAGGAUGAAGAGUGGGUGUUUGGCUGUGCGGCUCUUGAUGUUCUGGACACAAUGAGAUACUGCACGAAAGCCACUUCAAUAUUCAAAUAUGCGGAAAAAUUGCCAUCACUGAAGCAUGAAAGAUUGUAUUUGAGACUGGACCUGAAGAAACUCAAAGCGAGACAUCCAGAGUGGACGCAUGUCAUCCUCAGAAUCUUGCCUACAAAGCAACCAGUGCAAAUGAAUGUGGAUAUCCACGCCGAGGGCGAUCGAGUUGUGAAGGCGUCAAUUCAGAAGUGGUACUCCUACACACCUCAGACGGUGAUUGAGGAGACCAUCUUGGGAAGUUCGUCGUACAAGCUGUCGAUCUUGGGCCUGGAGGAGUCGCAUCAGGUAAUGGAGUUGAUUCUCCAGCCAAGAUCGUGCUCAAAGCCAGGAUAUCACAAUGUGGCGCGAGUUUGUGUGCCGUGGACGGAAGGUUUCGAUCGCUAUCACUACUUCACGGAGACAUCUCAUGACCCUCUGUACUUGUACGUUCCCAAAUCCAAGCCAGUCGGCUACAAUGGCACUGCGAACACUGUCACUGUCCAAUUGCAUCUUGACCCCAAUUGUCGAUAUCGCAUUAGCAUAAGGAACUCCUUUGGCAUGACAAUGGCCAGAAUAGUGCAGCAAUUUUCGCACUGGUUGCCCGCCCACUUGGCCGCUAUUCUAUUCCUCUCGCUCAAGUAUCAGAUUUCCCUCACGCCCCCUUUGGAGCCCUUCAAGUGCGCCCCCUUCAGAAGUGCUAUCAUCAAAUCUACGCCCUUCUUCAUUGUUUCCGCUUCGCGUGUGUUUAUAAAAAUGAUCCUCUGGACAAAACAAUUGCCCGAUCCUGAUCCAUACGAUCAAUCGAUUCUCAUAUCUGUCAUCAUUCAUGGAUCUGGUGUGGCUCUUCUCACGAUUCUGGUGUCAAUCUCGUGGGCGGCGAUUUGUAUCAUGGGCGAAACUGUGCACAAGAUUCUCCUCAGAUUGAUCAAAUUUCCCAUUCCUUCUAUGGCUUCUCUAAUCAUUUCGUCCUUUGAGAAAUUCCCUCUGUCCGCAAUCGUUAUUCUCAUUUCCAUCGCAAUGGCAUCGUGCGGAGCGUUGAGUCUCAUUCUCGCAUGUUGCAUCUACUUUCUGCUCAUCACCAAGAUGUAUGAGGGAUACCUCGAGGAGUUCAUAUUCAACACAGCUAAGGAGAUCGCCGAUAAGCUCUAUGGCCAGUGGCGUAGGAGGAGAAAUGAACCUCCAGUCGCUCCAGUUGAGGAAGCAGUUGCUAAUCCCGCUAAUGCGGCAAUUGAGGAGCCCGAGGAACGCAAUGAAGAUUUAUCUGAGGCGCCAGAACCAAGUGCACCUCAAGAGCUUCCCAGCACCUCGACAGAAAGCCAGCCGGAAGCGGAGAAUGCAGAAAAGGCCGAGGCUUCAGGGGAAGUGCAGGAGACUGGUGAUAAAGCUAAGGAGGAUGCGGAAUUGGAUAAGCUUCUGCAGGACUCCUUCAGGCAGCAGAUGAACUUCGAGGAGAAGCGCAAGAAGGAGGAAGCGGCCAUGCGUGUGGAGUAUGAUGCCAUUCCCGAAGGGCUGAGCAACAUCAAUUUCCACCUGUGCCUCUUUUUCAUUCUCCUCCUCCUGACGCUCAUCAAUCUGCCCACGGCGCUCACAUGGGGCCGCAAUUAUCCGUAUGAAAAGGUCCUCAGCAACGAUCCAUCCUUCAUUCCCGCCAUUAUCAUGAUCCUCUCGCUGGCGCCGCUUUGGCAAUUGUCGACGCCAAGGAGUGUCCAUGGUUACAGGACAGUGGGUUGCAUUCUCUACGUGGCUGCAGCUAUUUGCGUCCUGUACUGCCAGGACUCGGUGUACAGGAUCAACGGGGUGAUUUGUGGUGUCUUCGCCACAAUCAGUAUUCAGCAGACUUUUUCGACGCGCAUCCAGCAUGGAUUGCGCGAAACCAUGAAUACUGCUGAUAGAAUUUACUUGGACAGGAUCAAGAGUUUCCUCAGUGGCGACUUUUAAGCAAA